AUGGUGAGCCGUUCACCCACUUUUACUCACGCUGAGCGACCGCCUAACCCGGCCCCUUCAGCAACGUGCCUCACUGGCGAUAUCUGGACGGCGAAUACCGAACGCGACACUUGGACAGAGGUAGGCUCGAUCGAGUACACGGUCAAGCACGCCAAAACUGACUGGACGCAGCCCGUGACAUGGAUCGGUAUCGGGGAUGGUACUGGACGGUACUGCUCCUUCUAUGUCCUCGGACUACUCCGCUUCAUCGUGCAGCCCACGAUUCGCCUUUGGCCGUCAAACUUGGUACAAGGUUACCUGAGCCGCAGUCCAGAUGCGCGCCUCUGCAUAGACCGUAUCUGUCGCCAGCACGCGCCGUCACCGCUGGGAGCGACCGUGACCGUGCCUCCGCGCCAGAGUGGACUAGCUCAAUUCGCCCUCUAUCGAGCGGAGGCGCACCGACAGGCCUGGCCCGCUGGUGUUCGACAGUGGGUGAACAGCGAGCCGGUGCAGUUGCUGCAGUUCGCUCUGCCGAUCCGUCUUGCUCUGCCGGUCCGGUCCGGUCCGGUCCCACCGAGAUGA